CAAAAUUAUGUAACAAAUAUAUCACUCGAACAGUUUUUUGUAGAUACGUUACGAAAGCUAAACCGGAUUAUUCUCAAUAAGUGGAUUGAAUAAAACUUUUUUCUACAUUCUAUUCUUUUAUAAUUUUUUCUUUUUCUUCCAAAAUAUUUUCAAAGCUCAGAAAGUUACGGAAAUUUAUAAUCAAUUAUAUCAGCGAAUAGAUAAUAAUAAUUAAUUUAUUCAUCAAUAAUAAUGAAUUUAUAAAGUAUAAGAACGAGAGAAAAUAGAAAUAAUUGAUAUAAAUUAUAAAUAUUAUUGAAGAGUUCGAAGGAUUUAUAGCAAAAUGUUGAUUUAAAAAAUAUUUUGUGUAAUUUUCAAGAUAAUGACUACUAGAGAGAAGAAUAUAACAGCUGACAAAAUACCAUUAAAAUUCCUCGCUAUUAUGAUUGUAGUGGCUGCAAUAACAUCUACAUUAAUUUUAUCUAGUAUUGAAACUAUAGAAGGUGAUGAUAAGAACUUCAAUUUGAAAAUACCUACACCUUUAAAUGCAGUUAUGUUCAAUUGCAGGAGAACAUUAGCAAGAAAUGGUUCAGCAGUUGAUGCUGUGAUUGCCGCAUCACUUUGCAAUGGUCUUGGCUUCAUGCAGAGCAUGGGAAUUGGUGGUGGAUUUGUUAUGACAAUUUAUGAACGAGCUACGAAAAGAGCUUAUUAUUUGAAUGCUCGAGAUCGAGCACCCCUGGCAGCUCAUGAAGAUAUGUUUAGAAAUAAAAGUAGAACGGCUUCAUUUAAGGGACCACUUGCUGUGACAGUACCUGGAGAAAUCGCUGGUUACUGGGCAGCACACCAACGAUUUGGUAAAUUACCAUGGGCUGAUUUAUUUACAGAUGCUAUUGAAUUGUGUGAAAGAGGAUGGACACUAUCGCAAAUACAACUAAAUGAUUUAUUACAAUAUGAAGCGAGUAUUAGAAAUGACCCGACAUUAAGUUCCUUGUUUGUGAAUGAAACGACAAAAGAGUUUAAAACACCAGGGAGUCUUAUUAAACCUGACAAACUUUGUGACACAUUUAAGGUGAUUGCAGAAAAAGGUGCUAAUGAAUUUUACAAUGGAACACUGGGACAAACUCUAGUUGAAGAUUUAAAAAAACAAGGUGGGAUUUUAACGAUGGAAGAUUUACGUAAUUACUCGGCUAUAUGGCAAGACCCACUGGAAACUGAACUGUCUAAUGGAAUUAAAUUAUUUACAUCAAAUUUUCCAAGCAGCGGCGCACUGCUUGUAUUUAUUAUGAAUAUUUUUGAUGAAUUUAAAUUUACACCAAACAGUAUAAAUAGCGAUGAAAAUACUAUUGAAACAUAUCAUAGAAUGAUUGAGACUUUUAAAUUUGCCUAUGCUAUCAGAAGUAAAUUAGGCGAUCCUGAUUACAAUGAUCUGACAGAGUUAACAAAGAAUCUAACAUCAAGAGAUUAUGCACGAGCGAUAAAGGCCCGAAUAAAUAACUCAAGAACAUGGAAUGAUGCUGCACACUACGAAGGUGGUACUCAACUUCUUGAAGAUCAUGGUACUGCUCACUUAGUAGUUUUAUCACCUACUGGAGAUGCUGUAUCAAUUACAAGUUCCAUUAACGCUCCCUUCGGUAGUUUCCUAGUGGGAGAACAAACAGGAAUUUUAUUCAACAACGGCAUGAAUGAUUUUUCAAUUCCAUCAGUUGUAAAUUUCUUCGGGCUUCCAGGCUCAAGCAAACAAAAUUCAAUACAACCUGGGAAAAGACCUUUAUCAUCAAUGGCACCAUCAAUUUUUGUAAACACAGAUGGAAAUGUAAAAAUGGUAAUUGCUGCGUCUGGUGGCACUAGAAUUAUUUCUUCUUUAGCUUGCGCAAUAGCUCGUAUUUUAUGGAUGGGUAAUACAAUAAAAGAAGCCAUCGAUGCUUCGAGAAUUCAUCAUCAACUUUUACCAAUGACACUCAAUUACGAAUCUGGCAUAUCAAAAUCCGUGAUUGAGGGGUUAAAAGAUUUAGGACAUGCAGUAUCUCAAGAUAACUAUCAAGCUUACAGUUUCGUAGCUGCUAUUUUAAAAUCAAACAAUUAUAUCUACGCCAACUCAGAUUUUAGACGGAACGGCGACGCAUGUGGUAUUAAUUAACAUUAAGCAUUAAAUUUUGUAACUUUUCCAUUAGUUCAUUUGUAUUGUUUUUACUAUAAAAAAAAAAAAAAAAAAAACCAGUUAACUGUAAUUUUUAAAGUGUCUCA